GGAGGACGAACCGAAAGUGAAACACUAAACACAACACAAACACUCGCUCGCAGGAGCCAAUGUUGAUGAGCAGGCUAUUCCUGAUCGAGAGUGAUUAUCGAAUGCAGUGCUCCGCCUCCGUACUGUUUUCAUAAACACCAGUCUUAACUCAGUAACUGUAACUGUGUAGAUCUAGUGUAGUGUAGACGACUAAAUCUAGAUUAGAUCUAGACUCUAGAUCUAGAUUUAUUAGAAUCUAGAUUUAACUGUGUAAACAGUAAGUUGUAAAUGUAAAGUUACUUACAACUUCUGUACUGUAGAAGAGAGGCUGUACUGUAGAUCUCUAGGCCUCCUACAUAUAGCGUGCAGGAUUUUGCCGACGAAGGAAGAUGGUUGUCUGUCGCUAUUUCCUGGAAAACAAGUGUCGAUUUGGAGAGAACUGUAGAAACGAACACCCAAGAGGUGAUGUGCAAAGAAGUCUGUUUGGACUUAACAACGAUGCUUGGGGAAAGUCAAGAGUCACCUUUGGAAACAACGACAGCCAGGAUUCAUCCAGGGAUAGGUUUAAAUGGGUUGCAAACUCAAAUCAGCAAUCACAAAAUACUCUAAACCAAAACCAACCAGUGGAUCCUGUGAACAACUUGCCGCGGGAGAUCGAGGUGUGGGAGAAGUCGAAAAUGUGGCCCUUUUCCUGCAUUUCCAUUGAGAAAGAUAUUCCAUCAUUGCCAGGUUUGUACGACAUCAGUGUGGAGGAGCUCAGGCUGGAGGCAUACCAAGCUCUCAAGUCGGGAAACACUCAACCCUAUAUGGAGAGAUUCCAGUCGUUGGUCACCGACUUUGGCAAUAAGAAGCAGCAGCUGAAGCACCUGACUCCUGAGACCAAACAAAAACUGGUUGCCUUUUUGGAAGAGAUGAGAAAGAAAAAAUCUGGGUCAUCUCAGGGGAUGGGUGGGUUUUCCCAAAAUUCCCAGGGCUUGUUUGGAAAAGCGACGGGCUCUUCUGCUCCGAACCCUUUUGCUCAGACGGGUCAGCAGCUGGGGGUGUCGGCCGGCGCGGGACUCUUCGGGAAACCCACGAGUUCUUCCACGCCCUUCGGCUCUACCGCAGCCGCUGGCAACAGUAGCAGCAGCGGCUCUGUCUUUGGCGGAAACACCUCGUCAUUUUCCGGAGGGUCUGCUUUUGCAAAUACCAGCGCCGGCUUGUUUGGAAAAGGGCAGCAGGAUACUACGUCUAAUCCUUUCGCCUCAACGAGCCCGACUGGCGGUGGCCCGAGUUUGUUCGGGGGAAAUUCUGCAGCCAGUCAGCAGGCGGGUGGUGGGAUGAUGGGAGGGGCUGCUUCUAAUGUUUUCAUGAACAGCAACAACAACAACAACAACGCGACAGGAAGCUCUGCCCCUCAGAGUCUGUUUGGAAAACCGGUGGGGAACCAGAUGUCUGGCACUGGCAGUGUCUUCGGAUCGGCGCCAGCUCAACCCGGCUUAUUCAGUCCAGCAGGACAAGCGAAUCAGGGUCAAGGUCUUCUUGGGGCAGCUCCGAAUAAACCUUUUGGUGGCUCCGCCUUCUCAUCGCAGUCAGCGAAACCUGGCCUUCUCGGCGCCGCGCCCGCUGGGUUGUUCUCUUCCCCCACGGCGGGGGGAGGAGGAGUGGGAGGUAGCGGAGGACUACAGCCGGCCGCGGGACAGCAGACGUUGUUCGGAAAACCUGUCGCCGCCGCGUCCACGUCGGUUCUGCCGCAGCCGGGGCUGUUCAGUACGGGGCCAGUGGCCAGCGCAAGUGCCGGUCUGCCAGGCGCUGCGGUUUCUUCGUCUUCUACGUCGGCCUCCGACGUCAAUCCGGGACGCUACACGCCCCUUGAUCAGCUCACUGAGUCGGAGAAGGCGGAGUUCAGCGCACCGGCGUUCACGUUAGGGAAAAUACCCCUGCACCCCCCUCCAAAAGAACUCAUCAAUAUUUGAUGUUUUAAACCAAAGCUCUGUUGUGUUUUUAUCAAUACAGUCCAGCAUGCACAUAGUGAACACACAACAAACGUGCACAUAGUGAACACACAACAAACGUGCACAUAGUGAACACACAACAAACGUGCAAAAACAUUUUUUCGGUCGCAACCUGGAUUCGAACCCAGGACCUUUGAAUGAGAGGUGAACACCUUAACCUCUAGGCCACGAGAGCCCCCUGUAGCGAAACAGGCAUGUUGAGAAAC